AUGACUUCGGCCUCGCACCUGCCCCAUCAUGCCAAACUGCACAAGAGGUCCGGCUCGACCUCGUCAGCCGCUCCUGUCGUCUUCACCAUGCCAUCGCCCAUCCAGAACGAGUUCACCCAGUCCAACUCGUCCAUGACCACCCAGCAUGCCCGCCACUCGUCUGCCAACAAAAUCAAGCCUUACCUACGCAAGAUGUCGUUGCGGGACGACGACUUGGACCAAGGUCGUCUUGAUCUGUCGCGGCCCUCUGCCGAAAACGAGUCUCUGACAGGUCUCGGUAUCUGCGAUGACGCCCCAUCCUUUUCGAGAUCCGCUUCGGAUGUUUCUUUCAUCCCCUCCACUCGCCGCAAGGCCUCACACUCCCGUGCAACCAGUGGCCCUGCCUCUCUUUCCGUUGCUGCUUCGGGUCCGCUGCGUCCAACACAGCCCUUUGCUCCGCUACGUGAGGCCCCACGAUCAUUUACUCCGCCUGCAACAGUUUCGCAGGUUGACACAUCCGAUGAUGAGGCAGAAGAGAGCGUUGGUGUGCUCACCAACGACAUUCGCCAGCCUGACUAUGAACCCUGGAAGCCUCGAAGAUCCAUUUCCAUAUCCUCAAAUCCCGCCAUAACCCCCCUCUCACAAACAUAUACCGCUGGUUCCCUUACCAAAUUGACCAGUGCAUCCCAAUCCAAUCUCUCUAUCCGCUCACAGCCCUCGUACGACCAGCUCAAAUCUGGUCGCUCUCUUCGGAAUACCGGUAGAUCCGGUGAUUAUCCAGCAACUCCUUCUGCUCGUACUUCGAUCGACAAGGCCUUUAGCUUCAUCACGCGCACUUCUGAACCAGAAGAUGCUGCCUCGCGAGCUGCCGCCAUCCGUGCUGCUCGUAAGGCGUUUGAAGAAAAGGAGGCUGCAAAAGACCGCAAGUAUGAGAAAGAAGAAGUCAAGCGCAGAGCCUCGGUCAUCAAAAAGGAAGAGCGUAAGUGGCGAAAGGCUGAUCCACGUGCGAGCAUGACUAGCAACGGCAGCAACAGCAUUGUUGUUGACGAGGAGAAGGCUGUUGCUGGUGCUGAUUACGCGACGCAAACCCCUGCCCAUGACCUCAGUCUUCCCAUUCAAGGAGACUACAGUGGUGCUGCACCAACAGUGCCGCCCUCACCACCAUCGCCGAGCAAGACCAAGCAAGCCAAAGGAGGCUGGAAUCGAUUCCUUGCUUGGACUCGGACCAGGCUUCUCAAUUGCGGUGGGAGUGCUUGA